CUCUGUAUAAGAAGUGUUGAGCUUUCAACAAGGGAUUUUACACAGCUACUCAGGAGAAACGAAAUGAUCUGCCCUGGAGCCGCAGCAAAAUGCUGGAUGGACACCUACUCCUGGGAUGGUUAUCGUUCACAGUCAUAGUGUAUCUUCUCAACUUGCCUGGACCAACCGCAGCAUAUUUCGGGUUGACAGGUAAUGAACCGUUGUCUAUCCUGCCACUGAACUCUCUACCAGAGGAGAACGUGGGCAGGGCCCACUUCAAGCUGUGCGACCGGCUCAAACUGGAAAAGAAGCAGCGCAGGAUGUGCAGACGAGACCCGGGCGUGGCAGAGACCCUGAGAGAGGCCAUCACCAUGAGCGCCCUAGAAUGCCAGUAUCAAUUCCGCUUUGAGAGGUGGAACUGCACCUUAGAGGGGCGCCACCGAGCCAACAUACUAAAGAGAGGGUUUAAAGAGACAGCCUUCCUGUAUGCCAUCUCCUCGGCGGGCCUGACCCACGCGUUGGCCAAAGCUUGCAGCGCAGGACGCAUGGAGCGCUGCACGUGUGACGAGGCCCCGGACCUGGAGAACCGCAAGGCGUGGCAGUGGGGUGGCUGCGGAGACAACCUCAAAUACGCAAACAAGUUUGUCAAGGACUUCCUGGGCAAACGCUCCAACAAGGACCUGCGCGCACGCGUGGAUAUGCACAACACAAAUGUGGGCAUGAAGGUAAUCAAGGCCGGAGUGGAGACCACUUGCAAAUGCCACGGCGUCUCCGGCUCCUGCACCGUCCAGACCUGCUGGAGGCAGCUCCUGCCCUUCCACGAGAUCGGCAAGCAGCUGAAGCAGCGCUACGAGACCUCCAUUAAGGUCGGCAGCUCCACCAACGAGGCCACGGGGGAGGGAGAGAUCUCCACAGGCCGGAGUCAGCAGCAGCAACAACAGCAGCAACCACAGCAGCAGCAACAGCAGCAACAGCAGCAACAACAGCCCGUGCCUGGCCUGAACGAUCCAAUCCCUCGCACUAUGGACUUGCUCCACAUCGAGGACUCGCCCAGUUUCUGUAGGCCCAGCAAGUACUCGUCGGGCACGGCAGCUCGUAAGUGCUACAAGGACAAGAACUGCGACGCUAUUUGCUGCGGGCGAGGCCAUAACACUCAAAGUAGGGAGGUGACCCGGCCCUGCCAGUGCCAGGUGCGCUGGUGCUGCUACGUCGAAUGCAAGCAGUGCACACAGAGAGAAGAGGUCUAUACCUGCAAAGGGUAAACCGGUGACCUGUUGGGCCCCUACGAUCAGCGGAGCAAGCGGAAGAUGAAGAGGAGCGGCUGUUUUGUUCUCAAACAAGGUUUUGCUUCCACUGUCGGAACAGUGUUCUGCAAACAAGAGAGGAGCGAGCCGAUGGAGAAGCAAUAAGCACUUUGAGAGGGAUUUCUGUGGGUUGGGUUUCAGAGGUCCUGUGGCCCCCCGUGUCUGGGGUUUGCAGAUCAAAAAAGACCUUCUCAGACAACUGGGUCAACAUCUCAAGCUUUUUUUUUUUUUUCUUUAUCACACGUUUGCCUUGAAGAGAGAAGCUUUUAUUUUCCUAUUAAAAAAAAAAUUGCAUCUUUUCACAAGAAAUCAGAGAUUAGCGUCCAGCUAAUGAGGAUCAAACAAAAGGACAGUAACACCAACAGACUGCCCAAAGAAGAAUGGUGUGUGUGUGUGUGUGUGUGUGUGUUUGUGUGUUUGUCAUCCUUUAUAUGUGUGUGUUUGUACGUGAGCAUGUGAUAGAUAGUGAAGGGGUGGGAGGGGGGUUCGAAUGACGACUUUUAUGGCGAUGAAAACCAUAUUCAGAGACUGCUAAAAAGAAAAAGAAAAAAAGACAGGGUGUAAGAUUUACUCUACACGCACAUAUUUACACUCACACACAUUGUGUGUCUGCAUAUGUAUGUAAAUAAAUUCAGUUAUAUUGUAAUGAUAUUA